AAGCACUCGCCCCCAGCGCUCUCGGAGAGUUCCCAUCUACGUCUGGCCCCAAAUUAGCUGAGGCGGCGACAUCAAGCAGUCCUGCUUGGUUAUCAGUCCAAAUGCUACCUUCGCCACCCCCGAAUUCUUCCUUGACGAUGGUGGAAGACAACUCCACCUCAACGUCUGGGGAUGCAAAUCUUUCUGCCACGCAGAAGCUCCCUCCUUCGUGUUGUCGCCAGGCUCGUACUUCUUUAUCCACCGGAACCGAGUCCGAGUCUGUCGAAAUUAUUUGUUAUACGCGCAACGAUUCGCCUCAUCCACUCUCCUUGGGUCUCACAGAAACCCCCUCCCCCACUCACAAUAUCGCAUCUUUCUUCACUGUCACGAAAGGAAAAUCCAUAAAUGCGAUAUCCAAGGCUCUUCCCACAUCCUCCCCCAACUCUAAACAUUCCCCACACCACGUCACAUUCAUAUCGCUCUCAUCGACUGAAAGCAGCCCUUGAAGUGAAGAGUCCCGCCGAGUCCAAACAUCAACUCACACCCGACCCAGCGUUGGAUGAUCUCCACCAAUGGAGCGAAGACAAUUGGGGCCAGGACGCCUGCCUAGAGUGGCACGGCAAUGAUCCAUUCACUCCGCUACUGGAUGACGAUGCAGCGUCCACGUCAUCAGCCUCGUCCACAAACACCCUACAAGUGAACUCAGCAAAAGUCACUGCUCGUCGCUCAGCCAAACCCUCAAGGGCGAAGUCUAAUAAAUACCGUGCCAAAACGGUAGUAACGAGCUCUUCAGUCCCUUUACAUGACGACGCUGCUGUAGACAAUCUUCUUGAACGUAUGAUUUUGGAUGAUAAAAAACUGCACCUACGAGUCUUGCGUUACGAGCCCAUCAAUUUUGAAGUCUUUUACAACCUUGCCCUCGCCCAAAACUUAAAUCCAAAGGGCCUCCGACGACGCCUUCUUUCCUUUCUUGACUCACAAUGCAUACAAUUUCAGCAAUCUGGACCACCAAACACGGCUGGACGGAGACGGAAGCAUCACUAGUUUCUUUGACAUGGAUCCGAGCGUUUCUAAAUUAUCCACUCAUUAUUUCAUGCCAUGUGUAUAACACUAAAAUAUCGAGAUGAUCU